AUGUGCUGGUCAAUCCUAACCGCCUUCCUUGGGCUCAUAUCUUUCGCGACAGCGGAAAACGGGUUCAAUGGAUGGCUGCGAUAUGCGCCUGUCCAUUGCGACAAACGGUGCCAGCGGGCGUUACCGUCGAGUAUCGUUACAUUGAAUAGCACCGGGACGAGCCCUUUAGCCACCGCUGCCCAGGAGCUCCAAACUGGACUGGAGAACAUUAUUGGCAAGCACUUGCCUAUCAAACAUGCUAGCUGUGGCCGUCGUGGAUCAAUCUUGGUAGCUACGCUCGACCAACACAGUCGGGUCUGUAACAGAAGCGCUGAUGUUCCUGCUCUUAGCGGUGAUGGAUUUUGGUUGAGAGCAUAUGGCGACACUGUUCAAAUCCUAGGAAAAAACGAGAAAGGCGCCUUAUAUGGGGCGUUUGAGUAUCUCUCACUGCUUGCACAGGCGAACUUCACCCACGUUGACUAUUCAACCAGCCCGCACGCACCAGUUAGAUGGGUAAACCAGUGGGAUAAUAUGGACGGAAGCAUUGAGCGUGGUUAUGCGGGACCGUCCUUAUUCUUUAGGGAGGGUCGUAUUGUCGAGGACCUGUCGCGGGUCAAGCAAUAUGCGCGCCUUCUAGCGUCUAUCCGGAUCAACGGCAUUGUCGUGAACAACGUCAAUGCUAAUGCAACCCUCCUGACGGCGCAAAACAUGGAUGGCUUGGCUCGCAUAGCGGAUGUUUUCCGCCCCUAUGGCAUUAAAAUCGGCGUAUCUCUCAACUUUGCCUCACCAGUUACCUUGGGAGGCUUAGGAACUUACGAUCCGCUUGACCCGUCCGUCGCUGCUUGGUGGGCUAACGUUACCGAUGAGCUAUAUCAGCGCAUUCCGGACAUGGCAGGAUAUUUGGUGAAAGCGAGCUCUGAGGGACAACCUGGUCCUGACACUUACAAUCGCACAUUAGCUGAGGGAGCCAACGUCUUUGCCAAAGCUCUACAGCCCCACGGCGGGAUUCUUAUGUUUCGUACCUUUGUCUAUGACCAUCAUAUCAACGAGUCGAUCUGGACAAAUGACCGGGCUAAUGCACAAGUGGACUUCUUCAAGAAGCUGGAUGGCCAAUUUGAGGAAAACGUGAUUUUACAGAUUAAAUUUGGGCCCAUUGACUUCCAAGUCCGCGAGCCGGUGUCUCCGCUGUUCGCUAAUCUCUACCAGACCAACAUGGCGAUUGAGCUGCAGGUUACCCAGGAAUACUUAGGCCAACAGGAUCACCUUGUAUAUCUGUCCCUAUUGUGGAAAGAGAUUCUGGACUUUGACCUCCGGGUCGACCAUCAACCGUCACUAGUUCGCGACAUCAUCUCCGGACAACGGUUCGAUCGCCGGCUAGGAGGAUGGGCAGCGGUAGUAAAUGCUGGGACGAACACAACGUGGUUGGGCAGUCAUUUAGCCAUGUCAAAUUUGUAUGCCUACGGUCGUCUCGCAUGGUGCCCCACGGAUGGCUCGCAAGAGAUCCUGCAGGACUGGAUUCGCCUUACAUUUGGACGAGACCAGCAUGUGUUGGACACCAUCACCGAUAUGUCUAUGAAGUCGUGGCCCGCAUAUGAGAACUACACGGGGAACUUAGGGAUCCAGACGUUAACCGAUAUUCUCUACACGCACUACGGCCCCAAUCCCGCGUCGCAGGACAACAACGGUUGGGGACAAUGGACACGGGCUGACCACGAUACUAUCGGCAUGGACCGCACCGUUAAGAAUGGCACAGGGAAUGCCGGCCAAUAUCCAGCUGAAAUAGCCCAAGUAUACGAGGAUAUCGACAGCACGCCGGAUAGUUUGCUACUCUGGUUUCAUCACGUUCCCUACACACACCGUCUGCACUCGGGAAAAACCGUCAUCCAACAUUUUUACGAUGCACACUACAGUGGAGCGGAGACAGCGCAUCAUUUCUUAUCCCAGUGGGAGUCUCUUGGAGGACAAAUUGACCAGCAACGCUUCAACGAAGUAAAGUCUCGCUUGACCUACCAGGCUGGUCAUUCUCUCGUGUGGCGUGAUGCCAUCAACAACUUCUACUGGAACCUGUCUGGAAUUUCAGACGAGAACGGACGUGUCGGCCAUCAUCCAUGGCGUGUGGAGGCAGAGUCUAUGGCCCUGGACGGCUACGAGCCGUAUGCGGUGAGCCCUUUCGAGGCUGCGUCUGGUUAUGGAGCAAUUGUCACCGCGUCAAAUUCCACCAUAGGGACAGCCCAGACAACACUUGAAUUCCCCUCGGGGACAUAUGACCUCGGUGUCAACUACUAUGACAUGUAUGGUGGAAAGUCCGAGUGGGCGGUCUAUCUUAACGACCGCCUCGUGGGGAAAUGGGAAGGGAAUAGUGAGGAUACCCUGGGACAUACGCCUUCUAUCUAUAUAGAUGGCCAUUCUGCCACCCGUAUCACCUUUCGGGACGUGUAUAUCCAGCAAGGCGACCAGUUAAAGAUUACAGGUGUGCCGGAUGGGGUUGAGCCUGCUCCUUUGGACUAUGUGGUGCUGCUCCCACCAAGCGUUGUGGAUUGA